AUGAAUAGCAGAGACAACUUUUCUGACUAUACACAAACUUUUUGUACCAGCAGCUGUGCUCACUAUAGAGACACUGGACUGGAUGACUGUAAGAAAAAGCAUCAAGAAAUUGACAUUGAUGUGACUACACUUCAAGAUGAGAAGAAUUCACUGGUUUCUGAGAAUGAAAUGAUGAAUGAAAAACUUGACCAGUUGGAUGGCUCAUUUGAUGAUCCAAAUACAAUGGUUGCAAAAAAGUAUUUUCAUGCACAGUUACAACUAGAACAAUUACAGGAAGAAAACUAUAGACUUGAAGCUGCAAAAGAUGAUUACCGUGUUCAUUGUGAAGAACUUGAAAAGCAGCUAAUUGAAUUUCAGCAUAGGAAUGAUGAACUGACGAGUCUUGCUGAAGAAACAAGAGCCCUGAAAGAUGAAAUAGAUGUUCUUAGGGCUACCUCCGAUAAAGCAAAUAAACUGGAGUCAACAGUUGAGAUAUAUCGUCAGAAACUUCAAGAUCUAAAUGACCUUCGCAAGCAGGUGAAAACUUUACAGGAAACAAACAUGAUGUAUAUGCAUAACACAGUCAGCUUAGAAGAAGAAUUAAAGAAGGCAAAUGCUGCACGUACACAAUUAGAAACAUAUAAAAGGCAGGUUCAAGACCUUCACACUAAACUUUCCUCUGAAUCCAAAAGGGCAGACACUCUAGCAUUUGAAAUGAAGUGUCUUGAAGAAAAACAUGAAGCUUUACUUAAGGAAAAAGAGAGACUGAUAGAGCAGCGUGAUACUCUGAAAGAGACAAAUGAAGAGCUUCGAUGUUCACAAGCACAACAAGACCACCUAAACCAAACAGAUUCAUCUGCUACAAGAAGUUAUGAGAAUCUUGCUGCUGAGAUUAUGCCAGUGGAAUACAGGGAAGUGUUCAUUCGUCUGCAGCAUGAAAACAAGAUGCUUCGCUUGCAGCAGGAAGGGACUGAGAAUGAACGCAUCGAAGAGCUGCAGGAGCAGCUAGAGCAGAAGCAUCGCAAGAUGAAUGAACUGGAAACUGAGCAAAGGCUAAGCAAAGAACGUAUCAGAGAAUUGCAGCAGCAGAUAGAGGACCUCCAGAAGUCUUUACAGGAACAUGGCUCCAAAUCUGAAGGUGAAAGUUCCAGCAAACUAAAGCAGAAGUUGGAAGCUCAUAUGGAAAAACUAACAGAGGUCCAUGAAGAAUUGCAGAAGAAACAAGAGCUCAUUGAAGAUCUUCAACCAGAUAUAAGUCAAAAUGUCCAAAAGAUCAGUGAACUUGAAGCUGCUCUUCAGAAGAAAGAUGAAGAUAUGAAAGCAAUGGAGGAACGAUACAAAAUGUACCUGGAGAAGGCCAGAAAUGUAAUAAAAACUUUAGAUCCCAAGUUAAAUCCAGCAUCUGCUGAAAUAAUGCUACUUAGAAAGCAGUUGGCAGAGAAAGAGAGAAGAAUUGAGAUUCUGGAGAGUGAAUGUAAAGUAGCAAAGUUCCGUGAUUAUGAAGAAAAACUCAUUGUUUCUGCCUGGUAUAAUAAGAGUUUAGCAUUCCAGAAACUUGGGAUGGAGUCUAGGCUUGUGAGCAGCAGUGGUGCUUGCAAAGACAGUGGUCCGUGUACUCCUGCCCGGUCCUUCUUAGCACAGCAGCGGCACAUCACCAACACUCGAAGAAAUCUCUCUGUUAAAGUUCCUGCCACAACAUCUGAUUAAACAGCAAAAGAAAACAAACAAACAGAAGUGCCCUUAAAAUGUUUUGUACCUUUCAGCUAAAUACCAGACUGAAAAAAAAAAGUUAAGAUGCUU